AUGACUUCUAAAGUAUCCAGAUUAGAUCGACAGGUGAUUUUAUUGGAGACUGGGUCUACACAAGUGGUCAGAAAUGUCGCUGCUGAUCAAAUGGGUGAUUUAGCUAAGCAACACCCGGAAGACAUCCUCAAUUUAUUAUCCAGAGUAUAUCCUUUUCUAUUAAGUAAGAAAUGGGAAACUAGGGUCACAGCAGCUAGAGCAGUGGGAGGAAUCGUAUCACAUGCUCCGUUAUGGGAUCCUAAUGAAGACGAUGAUGUUCUCCAGAAUAUAAAUACAGAUAAGAAUUCUAAUGACGUUCCCAAUGCGAAAGUAAAAAUUGAGCAAGACAUACAACUGAAAUUGGAAGAGCUUUCAGGUUCAAACGCUAUGGACUUUCUUCAAGAUGAUAAAGAACUGUACUCGUUAUCACACUGGGAUCUUCAUGCUCUCUUCAAAUCAGGCAAAGUUCUAUUAGCAUCUAACAUGAAUGAUUUUAUGACCAAUAGUCCCAAUGAAGAAAAUCAAAAGAAACAAGUAAAAUUAGAAUCAGAUAAUCAAGUGAAACCAGAACAAACACGAGCACCAUCAACAGGUUCCAAGAAAUCGGCAAGAAUGUUGGCAAUGGCAAAAAGAAAGAAGAAAAUGAAUGCUAAGAAUUUAACGAGUAAUCCUGUAGACAUAACUGAAAGUUCGAUAUCGAAGACCUUAAUGUCUCAAAAUUCAACGAAUGGGAAGUCUCCUUCACCAACAACUCUAACGAAUCCAAAAUUAGAUAUAACUGAACAAUCUGAUCCAAAUAAAAUCAUGAUAGAAUCUGUAAUGACUCCAAUAUUAGAGAAACAAGAAAGAGUAGCAGGUCUCAUUUGGCAGUUCCAAGGAAUAUAUGAACUACUAUUAGAAAAUAUAACUAGUGACGUUUGGGAAAUUAGACAUGGUGCAGCACUUGGUUUACGUGAAUUAAUGAAAAAACAUACAUCUAGUGUAAGUAGAGUGAAAGGAAAAAGUAAGACUGAAAAUGAAUCCAGAAAUAAAAAAAGUCUAGAAGAUUUAGCUACUAGAUUAUUAACUGUUUUCGCCUUAGAUAGAUUUGGCGAUUACGUAUACGAUACCGUAGUGGCACCAGUUAGAGAAUCUGCAGCUCAAACUUUGGCAGCAUUAUUACUUCAUCUCGAUGAUGAUCUAUCUUCCAAAAUAUUCUCCGCAUUAAGGCAACUAGUAUUGCAGGACCCUAAGGUUGUAGGUCUGCCGAACAAGAUAUGGGAAGCAACCCAUGGUGGUUUAUUAGGUAUACGUUAUUUUGUUAGUAUUAGAACUGAAUUCUUAUUGAGUAACGAUCUAUUAAACGAUGUAGUGGAUAUUGUCCUAUACGGUCUUAAACAGACAGAUGAUGAUGUUCAAAGUGUUGCAGCAGCAAUUCUCACCCCAAUAACUGAUUCUUUCGUCAAAAUGGAACCAAGAAAGAUAGACACAGUGGUAACAACAAUAUGGGCGUCAUUAACACAUUUAGAUGAUGAUUUAUCUUCAAGUGUUGGUUCAGUAAUGGAUUUAUUAGCAAACCUUUGUAAGCAUCAAGAAGUAUUAGAUAUACUGAAGAGUAAAGCUAUAGAACAUCCUUCUGAAUGGUCAUUCAAAUCUUUAGUCCCCAAAUUGUAUCCAUUUCUACGCCAUUCAAUUUCCUCCGUUAGAAAAGCUGUAUUAAAUCUUUUAAGUGCAUUUUUAUCCAUAAAAGAUGAUUCUACCAAGAACUGGUUAAAUGGUAAAAUAUUUCGAUUGCUGUUCCAAAAUAUCUUAUUGGAACAACAUCCAGAUAUCCUUCAACUUUCCUUUAAUGUCUAUACUGAACUUCUGUCUCACUACAAGUCAAAGCAUACAGAAAAGACUUUGGAUCACGUGUUCAGUAAACAUCUACAACCUAUCUUACAUCUAUUAAAUACACCAAUUGGUGAAAAUGGGAAGAACUAUAGUAUGGAAGCACAAUAUAUUUUGAAACCGUCCCAACAUUACCAAUUACAUCCUGAGAAGAAGAGAUCGAUAACGGAAGCUACUCAAGAAUCGAGCAUACCGCCUCCAAAAUAUGCAGAAAGGAUUAAUAUUGACGCUCCAAUGAUCGCUGGUGAUAUUACGCUAUUAGGCCCGGAAGUUAUUAUAAACACAAGAGUCUUGGCUGCCAAAGCCUUUGGUAUAACGUUAGCCAUGUUUCAAGACUCAACAUUACAAUCAUUUUUUGAAAAAGUCCUAGUUCGUUGUCUAGAAUUAGCAUUUGCUACUCCAAGACUAUUUGCAGCCAUCAUAUUAACACAAUUUUGUAAGAGUUGGUUGGAAUAUCAUACAGAACAAACGCAACUCCCGCCCUUCGUAUCAACGAUAUUUGGAGAUAUUCUAAAUGAUCAAUUAUCUUUUCCAGAAAAACUACCUACAUUCCGUGAAUUAGUUCCAUGCUUAAGAGCGUUAAGGACACAAUGUCAAAGUCUUUUAACAACAUUUGUCGAUGUCGGUAUGCUUUCACAACAUAAAUUACCUGGGAUUGCCAUUGUUGUUCAAGGUGAAACAGAAGCUGGACCACAAGCAUUUGGGAUCGCAACUGCUGAAAAGGUUCAUAACGAAUAUUAUGAGAAAAUGUUUAAAGCUAUGGGUAAUUCUUAUAAAUUAUUGGCCAAGAAACCGUUAGAAGAUGCACGUUAUCGAGUAGCAUUAGGUUUGGAGGCAACAAAGGAAUCCAUGAAAGGUCGUACAUGCUCCAUCAUGUCUUCUUACGCAGCAGCUCUUCUGCUGAUUAAAGGAAUACCGAAGAAAUUGAACCCUAUCAUUAGAGCAUUGAUGGAAAGUGUAAAAGAAGAGAAAAAUAAAAAGCUACAAAUGAUGGCUGGUGAUGCGAUUAUCCAUUUAAUUGAUGAACUGCUAAAAAAUAAUAAGAGUGCUGUUGCCAAUAAGAUAGUAAAGAAUCUCUGCGGCUUUUUAUGUGUCGAUACAUCUGAAGUUCCAGAUUUUCAUUCGAAUAUUCAAUAUAGCGAUAGAAUAUUGACAUUGAUAAAAGAAGAUGAUUCACUGAAAAUCCAGGAUGACAUUGCACUGAAGAAGUUAGCGGAAAGUGCACAAUUGAAACGAGAUGGUGGGGUAUAUACUUUGAGCAAACUUUUGCAAAUCUUUGGAAAAUUCACUUUGGAGCAGAUCCCGCAAUUGAAAGAUGUCUUAUUUGCACCCUUGGAAAAACUUGAUGAGAUUGAAAAUAUUUCUCCACCGGAUGAGAUAAUUGGCCAACACAUUGUGGAUUCCUUGGGUGUGAUGAGAGCAAUAUUUCUCUAUAUGGACCCUUACUUACAAAAGACAGAAAUAUUCUCACGUUUCCCAGUUUUCUUAAAUUCUUUACGUUCGAAACUGUCGGUUGUACGUUACUCUACUGCAAGGACUUUUGCUGACUUUGCUAAGAUAUCGCCUAUUGACGUUAUGCCAUUCAUAAUAAGAGAAGUACUUCCAUUGAUGAACAGUUCUGGAUCAAUGGCCGAUCGCCAAGGUGCCACUGAGUUAAUUUACCAUCUAUCUUUAUCUAUGGGAACGGAUGUUUUACCAUAUUUGAUAUUUUUGAUCGUACCUCUUCUUGGACGUAUGAGUGAUUCGAAUGAAGACAUUAGAACUAUAGCCACUACCACAUUUGCCUCCAUCAUUAAAUUAGUUCCAUUAGAAGCAGGUAUUGCUGAUCCAGAAGGUCUACCGGAAGAUUUGAUGGCUGGUCGUGAAAAAGAACGUGACUUUAUUCACCAAAUGAUGGAUCCUUCAAAAGCAAAACCUUUCAAACUUCCUGUUGCGAUUAAAGCUACGUUAAGAAAAUACCAGCAAGAUGGUAUUAAUUGGUUAGCCUUUUUAAACAAGUAUGGUUUACAUGGUAUUCUUUGUGAUGAUAUGGGUCUUGGGAAGACAUUGCAAACAAUUUGUAUUAUAGCAAGUGAUCAAUAUUUGAGACAAGAGGACUACGAAAAGACUCAUUCCGUUGAAACCAGGAAACUUCCAUCAUUAAUUGUUUGUCCCCCAUCUUUAACUGGUCACUGGGAAAAUGAAUUUGAACAAUAUUCUCCAUUCUUGAAAACCAUCGUUUAUGCAGGUGGGCCUUCUGCUAGAAUUCCACUAAGGAGCCACUUAGAUUCUGCCGAUAUUGUUAUCACAUCCUAUGAUGUUGCAAGAAAUGAUUUACAAAUUUUAGGAAAAUAUGAUUAUAAUUACUGUGUUUUAGAUGAGGGCCAUAUUAUCAAAAAUGCACAAUCAAAGUUGGCCAAAGCUGUAAAGCAAUUACGUGCCAACCACAGGCUAAUUUUGACUGGUACUCCUAUCCAAAAUAAUGUGGUUGAAUUGUGGUCAUUGUUCGAUUUCUUAAUGCCAGGUUUCUUGGGUACUGAAAAGAUGUUCCAAGAAAGAUUUGCUAAACCUAUUGCCGCAUCAAGAAAUAGUAAGACAUCAUCCAAGGAACAAGAAGCUGGUGUUUUAGCAUUAGAAGCAUUACAUAAACAAGUUUUACCUUUUAUGUUGAGAAGACUAAAAGAAGAUGUUCUUUCAGAUCUACCACCAAAAAUUAUUCAAGAUUACUAUUGUGAAUUAAGUGAUUUACAGAAACAGUUAUAUCAAGAUUUUGCCAAGAAACAAAAGAAUGUGGUUGUUAAGGAUGUGGAAAAUACUGCUGAAGUAGAGAGUAAACAACAUAUCUUUCAAGCCCUUCAAUAUAUGAGAAAAUUAUGUAAUCAUCCUGCUUUAGUCCUUUCCCCUAACCAUCCUCAACUGGCACAGGUUAAAAGUUAUUUGAAGCAAACUGGGUUAGACCUACAUGAUUUAAUAAAUGCACCGAAAUUAAAUGCAUUGCGGAACUUGUUAUUCGAAUGUGGUAUUGGUGAAGAAGAUAUGGAAAGGAAAUCAGUUCCAAACCAAUACUUAACUGGUCAGAACGUUAUAUCACAACAUAGAGCACUUAUAUUUUGCCAAUUGAAGGAUAUGCUAGAUAUGGUCGAGAAUGAUCUGUUUAAGAAAUAUAUGCCAUCUGUAACGUACAUGAGAUUGGAUGGUAGCAUUGAUCCUCGUGAUAGACAAAAGGUGGUCAGAAAGUUUAAUGAAGAUCCAUCGAUCGAUUGUCUACUUUUAACGACAAAAGUUGGUGGUCUAGGUUUGAAUUUAACUGGUGCAGAUACUGUUAUAUUUAUCGAGCAUGAUUGGAAUCCAAUGAAUGAUUUACAAGCUAUGGAUCGUGCCCAUAGAUUGGGUCAAAAGAAAGUUGUUAAUGUAUAUCGAAUUAUCACUAAAGGAACAUUAGAAGAGAAGAUUAUGGGUCUACAAAAAUUCAAGAUGAAUAUUGCCUCAACAGUCGUUAACCAACAGAACAGUGGCUUAGAUUCAAUGGAUACUCAUCAAUUAUUAGACCUUUUCGAUACUGAUAAUGUACCAUCACAAGACAAUGAGGACAAAACGACACAAGGUGCUAAUAAGCCAGGAAUGGAAGAUAUAGCUAACGAGACUGGUUUAACUGGUAAAGCAAAGGAAGCUUUAGGAGACCUCAAAGAAUUAUGGGAUCCUUCUCAGUACGAAGAAGAAUAUAACUUGGACAAUUUUAUUAAAACUUUACGUUAA